CUCGCAUAUGCUCCUGACCCGCCCGUCCAUCUCGACCUUCUGUUCCAAGCCCACUCUCAGCCUCAUCCGACUCUCACUUCCGCGAGCUCACACGAAAUCUAUCCGAAUGGCGUCCGCAGAUAACGCCUUCGCUGUACAAGAGGCUGCCAAACAUGCUACUGCGCAAGUAGAGGCUGCAAAGAGAAAGGCAGCCUUCAAAGCUGUGGAGGAACACUUCAAGUCAGACAUGCAAUUCGUGGGCAUUGGCUCUGGCAGCACCAUUGUCUAUGGAGUGGAAGCCAUCAAGGCACAUUUGGAGAAAUAUCCUCCCCCGCCAGGACACCGAAAUUGGUUCGUGCCAACGGGUUGGAAUAGUAGAAAGGUCAUUGAACAGUUUGGUCUGGAUCCAUUGGCUUUCGAUUCAAUUCCUGCCAAAGCCCAAAUUGAGGUGGCCUUCGAUGGCGCCGACGAGGUCGACGCAGAACUCAACUGCAUCAAAGGUGGCGGAGCCUGUUUGUUCCAGGAGAAAUUGGUUGCACGCAUGUCCAAGAAGUUCGUCUGCAUAGCCGACUACCGCAAGAACCAGGAACGUCUUCUUACCAUGUGGCCAUCCAUUCCCAUCGAAAUCGCACCUAUCGCCCACGCCUACGUGCUGCAGGAACUUCUUCUUCUCGGAUCCAUCAAGCCUGCUCUGCGUGAACACACUCUAUCGAAAACAGGUCCUGUACAGACCGAUCAGAGUUUCUACAUCGUGGACGCCCCUUUCAAGACUCUUCUCACGCAGGCUGAUGUCGCUGCUGGAAAGGGAAAGGGCGACGGCACAGAUGGAGUGUGGUCAGUUGACGCACUCGCCGCCGCGAUCAGGAAUAUCGAAGGUGUGUUGGAAGUGGGAUUGUUUCAGGGAGAGAACGGCAUCCAUGCACAGGCAGAAGGGCGACGAGGCGGUCAAAAGCCUGUUGCUGUGUACUUUGGACUGGAGAACGGUGAAGUCGAGAUCAAGAGAUCAUCGGAGCUCGUUGCGCAACUGGAAGCAGAUGGAAAAGCUUGAGACAGUUCCAGCUCGACUACACCUACAUCUGUUCCCGGACAUGGCAACAGCGGCCAUCACAACAUAACUUGGCUACGGUACCUUAUGCUCGACCCGUGAUGAUUGAGCUCUGGAAGACCACGAAUACAACAGUCAGUCACAAGGCCGGUGCAUGGACAUAAGUGGCCAUGGCAGUGCUGCGCUGGUCGCUUCGAACUGCCUGUCCGACGAAAAUAGAAAAGUGGAGUCGGCACGGCACCCCAUCUUCUCUCCGCACUUUUGUCUCCCGUGUUGUUCAGGUCCCUGCCUGCAACCUCACUCCGUCGAAACACUCCCUUCGCAACAUGAUUGGGCGAACACAACUGCGAUAUGCUCGCUCGGUCUCCUUCCCGUGCUUGCGCUUGUUUUUCGCCCAGACCAGAACAAUGAUGAGUGACCCGACAUCUCCGCGACUGACACAGCGUGACGCUUUUCUUCACACGCGAUCCUCGCGUGCCAUUCAGCCGACACGUCCCCACGCGAAGGAUUCGUACAUGAAGCCACUCUGGCGUUGAUCAUUUCCAUACUGAGUAUCGCGUUUGACCAAGAGAGACGAGGUAGCCCAGUUCUGGGGAAUGUAACCCAAGCAUUAAUACCGCCCAUUGGCAAGAUCAGGUUAAGUAGAUCUUGCUUGCUCUUCUUUCUCUCUUUCACUCCAUCCAUAUUCCUUCGGUUGUUGUCACGGGGUUGUGGAAAAACAAAAUGGCGAAACUGAUGCAGUAUAAUAUGUUUGGGCGAGGUCGGAGUCUUCGAUGGGCCAUCACGAUGGCGUGUCAGAUUGCGUUCAUUCUCUUCGGCUACGACCAAGGUGUCUUCAGCGGCAUUGUGGGCAAUGAACAUUUCAGAGAAACUUUCGGCAAUCCUGGAAGUGCAGAGGAGGGCAUCAUUGUUUCGAUUUACAACCUGGGAGCUUUCGCCGGUUGCAUAGUCAACUUCUUCAUCGGCGAGAGGAUGGGUAGGAGGUUGUGUAUGUGGGUUGCUAUGGGCUUUAUCAUCGUUGGAGCAAUCCUGCAAACCACUUCAUAUGGCGUACCUCAAGUGCUCAUCGCACGCUUUAUUACUGGCAUUGGCACGGGAAUCGAAACCUCUACUGUGCCGAUGUACCAAUCUGAGCUCUGCGACGCCGACAAACGUGGCCGUCUGGUGUCCUCGGAACCACUCUUCGUGGGAGUCGGCAUUGUGAUUGCUUAUUUCUUCGACUAUGGCAUGAGCUUCACACCGGGAAGCGCUGCCUGGCGAGUGCCUAUUGCCUGCCAAGUUAUCCCCGCUUUCGUGGUGAUCGCUCUGGUCUUUGGCCUUCCGGAAAGUCCAAGGUGGCUUUAUGCGCGCAACAGGAACGACGAGGCGUUACAAGUCAUGUGCGAUGUAUGGGAUAGUGGUCCGGAUGGCGAGAAGGUGCAGAAGAUGCAAAAAGAUAUUCUUGGCGCCCUGGAGUUGGAACGACAGCAUGGUGAAUACCAAUGGAGAGAUAUUCUCAAACGUGAUGAGGUCCAGACUGGACGCAGAGUUUUGCUUGCAUAUGGCAUGCAGUUCAUGAAUCAGAUGGGUGGUAUCAACCUCGUCGUAUACUACGUGCCUUCGGCUUUGGAGAACAACGUCGGUCUGACUCGCAACCUUUCCUUGCUGAUAGGAGGCGCAGUGCAAUGCAUGUUCUUCGUUGGCUCACUCGUACCAACCUUCUUCCUCGACCAAAUGGGACGCCGGCGACCGAUGAUGUGGGGAUCUCUUGGCCUCGCUCUGUCCAUGAUGAUGAUUUCCAUUUUGCUCAGUUUCCAGCGACCGCAAUGGGAGGGCACAGCUACUGCCACCAAGACCGCCGAAGCUAGUGUGGCCUUUUUCUUCACUUAUAUGCUGAUAUUUGGCGCUACUGCGAACUGCAUCCCAUGGGUAUACGUUCCAGAGAUUUUGCCGCUACAUGCUCGUGCGAAGGGUACAGCAGUCGGGAUCUCCAGCAAUUGGCUGUGGAACUUUUUCGUGGUCAUGAUCACACCAACACUGCUGGGCAGCUUAGCCUGGCAAGGCUACCUCAUCUUCAUGGCUCUCAACUUCUCCUUCAUCCCGCUGAUCUACUUUUUCUAUCCCGAAACCACCAAUCUCACUCUGGAAGACAUCGACUUUUUAUUCACGGAAGAUGGUGCCGAUGGAUUGCCCAGGUUGGGAAGAAAGCGUCGACCAGUACAAGAGAGUGUGAGGCCCAGUAGUGAGGAGAUGGCACAAGAUGUUGAGAAAGGUCGAUUGUCGACUGGAGGAGAGCAGUUGGAACAUGUGGAACGGGUUGGGGAGAAGUCGACUUAGAGAUCAUGAGGUAUCCAGUAGUUCAGUCCGAUAGAUUGCCAGGCGGCGAUAUAUACGUAUACAUGAACAUGCCGAGGCCUCUUA